GGAUACUGAAGUUUCUUUACAAAUUAUCAAGGCGCUUCUGGAAGCUUGCCAUAAAGACUUGAAAUUAUUUUCAAAGAAUAUUGUAAAGAUCAUUACUGCCUCCUUGAGUACAAACGAUAUUGAUUUGGUGGCUUGCGCUACUUCUGUGUUCAUUACUUUUUGCCAUUACUAUGACGGUUCUACGCUUGGUGUCGACACUGAAUUUACUGAAAUUUACGAAGGUUUAAUUGAAUUGUUUGCAAAAUACGCAACCAUUAAAGAAUCCGAUGCUAAUAAUGAGAAAAGCGCAGUAACUUCCGACGCUUUACAACCUACCAGUGCUAAAGUACAAUUGCGACAUAUUGUUCCGGCAAUUUUAUAUAAUUUAAUUGAUGAUCUGAAUGGAUUAGAAACCUUGCAAAAAGCUGAUCAUGAGUUGGUUAAUGAAUUACGUCGUUUUUCCGCUAAUGUUACAACUAUAUCUGUCAAAGAUAAUACAAAUCUGGCUUAUAAUUGUUUGAAACAACUAUUCGAAGUGUCUGAUCCCUCUUAUAUAAAUUAUUCUCUUGAAUCUGCUUUUAAUUUUUUGGAAGAUACUGCAAUGUGGGCACAAAGUAACUUUAUUAUCAGUUUAACUUCAACUAUUCUUUCAUCGCUCAAGCAAUUAGAAGCUUUACCAACUGGAUCAAGUCCUACUCCAAAAAAGGUCUCUCUGGUUAAAGCCUUAACUUUCAUAUUGACUAGUGAUACCCCUCUUGUUGGGCUUUCGAUACUUGAAGUUUUAGAUUGUCUGCUUCGUUUAUUGUUGAGUUCUUUGAAAAAUAGUGAUUGCAUUAAUGAAUAUGAUAAUGCUACUGAUUCUAAUGAAUCGGACUUAUUAAUUUGUCAACAACUCACCUCCUGCAUUGGUUAA